AUGUUACCAAAAACACAAAGCAAGAUAGAAAGUGAGUCAAGUGAUUCAGCUCAAGCUAUAAGUAUCAUGACAAUAGGACGAAGAGAGUCUCGGGAUGCUUUACUUUCUGUUGAUAACUACCAAAGUGUAACUAAUGAAAACACGACUGAGUCUAUGAUAACUUUAAUUGGCGCUUUAAAGCCAAGGCCUGAUGUGACAGUUCACCCAACUGAAAACUCUACCUGUUGUCUAUUUCCUUUUUCGCUCAAUCAACAAAGUAACUGUAGUAUAUUUUAG